GGGUGUAAACAAAGCAUGCUGCGGACUGCACUGUCAAAGAAACCAACAAAAACCGGUAAGGGAAUCUUGCAGCCUUGUGGCCAAAGCCGAGCCCGCGCCUGCGUGUUGGGAGUCGGCCGCUCCGGGAGGAAGUGGCCUGGCAGGAAGCACCGCCCUCUUGCCUGCAGCGUUACCCCGCCCGCCCGCCUUUCCCGAGUUGUGAACCCACCGCGCCUUGGUUUUCCUUGGCUCAGAGCUUUCAAAGGCUUUUUCCGCGGCGGCUGCGCGACCCUGUCCCGCCCCACGCGCGGGCUCGUGCUCCAGGUGCCUCCCGGCCCCCGACCCGCGGCCCCCGCCCUCUACUUCCCCGUGCGGCCAGCGGCUCGCGGCGCGGACAUCAUGCUCUUCUACUCCUUUUUCAAGUCCCUCGUGGGAAAGGAUGUGGUUGUGGAACUCAAGAAUGACCUAAGCAUCUGCGGAACCCUCCAUUCUGUGGAUCAGUAUCUCAACAUCAAAUUAACUGACAUCAGUGUCACAGACCCUGAGAAAUAUCCUCAUAUGUUAUCAGUGAAGAACUGCUUCAUCCGGGGCUCAGUGGUCCGCUAUGUGCAGUUGCCAGCAGAUGAGGUUGACACACAGUUGCUACAGGAUGCAGCAAGGAAGGAGGCCCUGCAGCAGAAACAGUGAUGGCUCCUCCUCCCUUCCCUUCCCUUCCCUUUUCCAGUGGUGUUGCUUGACCUCAUCCCUGUCCAGGAUUCCUUGUCCCCAAUACUUGAGAUUUUUGUGUGUGUGUAUUUUAUAUUGAAGCCUUUUUUUUUUUUUUUAUAAGGAUGAGUGGAUGAUAGAAAUAAAAGUGGGGAGCAGCUAUGGUCUGUUGAGAAUGAGAGGUUCAGUAGGGUGGGGAACUUGUGUAAAGCCUUCCCAGUCCCCAGCACCUGCCUUCUCAUUACUUCCCUGGAGCUCAAGGGAAAGUCUCCUAAUCUCCAGGGCAGGAUAUGAUUCCAUAUGGGGGUGAAGGACUUGUCCCGCAUCGGGAAUAAAAUUUAUGAUGCAAAUUUGA